UGUCGUGAACGCCCAUUUAUGUGCUGUCAAAUGUGUCGAACUAACCGUAGUACUCACUUGCAAAGAUUGUGAUUUCUCCAUAGAUUCUUGUUAAAAUUUACGCGUGAAGGCGUGGCUUUUACAGACGUCGCGUUGCGUGCGUAAACGUCGAGUCAACAUGUCGGGAAGCGUUGUUAUAAGAGUUUUAUCUUAUCUAAGCAGAACAUCACAGUUUCUACAACCGAAUAAGACGAACUAUGUGAAUAUAAGACGACCAUUCACUGCCAAGCUGCAAGGUGAAGGUCAGAUCAGACCGCUAGAUGGCGUUAAAGUCUUAGAUCUGACAAGAGUUCUGGCUGGACCUUUUGCUACUAUGAUAUUAGGAGAUUUGGGAGCAGAGGUGAUCAAAGUUGAGCGACCAGGCUCAGGAGACGACACAAGAGCUUGGGGCCCUCCAUUUCUGGGUGAAGAGAGUGCUUAUUUUCUGAGUGUGAACAGGAACAAAAAGAGCAUUGCAGUUAAUCUUAAAGAUCCAAAGGGGGCCAAACUUGUAACUGAGCUUGCCAAAGUCUGUGAUGUUCUGGUGGAGAAUUACUUGCCCGGGAAGCUGAAUGAGAUGGGACUAGGGUACGAGGAGUUGAGUGAAGUGGCCCCUCAGCUCAUCUAUUGCUCUAUAACAGGAUAUGGACAGACGGGCCCUGAGUCACACAAGCCUGGAUAUGACUCCAUUGCGUCUGCGGUGUCUGGAAUGAUGCACAUCACUGGUCCUGAGGAUGGGGAUCCAGUCAGACCAGGUGUCGCGAUGACAGAUCUGGCCACUGGUUUAUACACUCAGGGAGCCGUCAUGGCUGCUUUGCUUCAGAGACAGAAAACAGGACGAGGCCUUCAUAUAGACUGCAAUCUUCUGUCUUCACAGGUUGCUUGUCUAACUCACAUCGCUGCCAACUACCUCAACGCUGGUAUAGAAGCCAGGCGAUGGGGAACUGCCCAUGGAAGCAUUGUCCCUUAUCAGGGUUUCAAGACCAAAGAUGGAUAUUUGGUUGUGGCAUCGGGAAAUGACCAGCAAUUUAUGAAAGUGUGCAAAGUCCUGUGCAUGAACGGUCUGGCAGACAGCCCGAAGUUCAAAAGCAACAAGUUAAGAGUUCAGCACCGCAAAGAGCUGCUGCAGAUUCUAUCCGAGCGGUUCAUGGAGGAGACGACUGGAGAGUGGUUAAGACGGUUCGAAGGCACCGGUGUCCCCUGUGGCCCUAUCAACAACAUUCAGCAGGUGUUCGCCAACCCUCAGGUUGCUCACAAUGGCCUUAUUUUGGAAAUGGACCACCCAACAUCAGGAAGGAUAGCAGUGCCAGGCCCUGCUGUGCGCUUCAGUAGUUUUGAAUCCAGCAACCCGAUGCCUCCCCCUCUGAUCGGCCAGCACACUGUCCAGGUUCUCCGAGACACCCUGGGGUACAGCGAUGAUGUCAUCAACCAACUGCUCGCCUCACGGACCGUCACUCAGAACAAGGUGCAGUGAGAGACGUCCCAUUGACUGGGAGAACUGUGAUAAAUAUUUCUGAACAAUCCUGCUGUGAUCGGCCAGCAGGCAGGGAAAAAAAAAACUGUCUUCCUUCUUGGCUCAGUGGUAAUGAUGGUUGUGAUUAAACUGAUGAAUGUCCAUCAGAGAGGAAACUGCAAAUGUUAAAAUAAUGACAUGACGCAUUCAGUUCACACUUAAAGAAUGUGCGCACACUGUAUUUGUCCAGAUAUUCGUACUGCCUGCGUGUUCAGGAUAAUGGGGCCUACUACUCAAGAAUAUUUAUAUAUAUAUAAAAUGUAUUAUAGGGUGAAAGACAUUUGCCAUUGUGGAAAAGAGUGGAGCUUUUGCUUAGGCUGUGGACUGAUACAGCCAAUUUCUUAAUUGCUUUGCUAAAGGAGCAUUUAAUGCUUAACAUUUAAGAUGAUAAUGUGUGCUAUAGCUAGCUAAAAGUUUGUUAACUUUGUUUGUUACAGUAUUAUAAUUCAGUUGUAUGACACUCAGAUUUGAACUCGAUGAAUGGAUAUAUGAAAUUGAAUGCCUAAAUCAUCUCAGGGAGCCAUAUAAAAUUCACUUUGAGAUUACUUAAUUGGGUCACUUAAAAUUACUUCAUUCCAUGAUGUUGAAGUUACAUGAAUAAAUUAGGACUGUUGCAAGAUUAAAUCAUGUAAAUCCAACACGCUUUUUUUUCAGUGCAUACCGUUACUGUAAUUAUUCAGCAAUCUUUUCAUAUGCUCAACUACUUGGCAAAAGCAAUGUAAAAAAAAUAAGCUGUAAUAAAAAGUUUGAGAUCA